AUGAAGUUUUUGGCAGUUCUGUGUGUACUGGUGGUGACGUCAUGGGCUAAGCCCAGAGAUGAUCUUGCCAGUCUGUUGACCUCUGACCUUGACCUCAUGGCAAAGUACAUCAACUCCAUCGGUACAACAUGGAAGGCCGGAGAAAACUUCCGUCACCUGCGAAAGGAAGACCGCCUUCAGUACGCAAAAACGAUGUGCGGCACCCUCCCUACUCCAGAUCAUAUGAAACUUCAGGAAAAACAUAUGCACGUGCCUGAUGACCUUCCAGAAAACUUCGACGCUAGAACCCAGUGGCCAAACUGCCCAACACUGAAGGAAGUUAGGGAUCAGGGAGCUUGCGGAUCAUGCUGGGCGUUUGGAGCUGUCGAAUCCAUGUCUGACAGAAUUUGCAUCAAAUCCGGAGGAAAAUCCAACUUCCAUAUCUCUGCUGAGGACUUAACGUCAUGUUGCAAAACAUGUGGCAACGGGUGUAACGGAGGUUUCCUCGAGGCCGCUUGGGAUUAUUAUGAGAGAACUGGAUUGGUUACAGGUGGACAGUACAACAGCAAACAGGGAUGCCAGCCCUACCUUGUUCCGUCAUGUGACCAUCACGUGGUUGGAAAAGAGAAGCCAUGCGGCAAGUCUCAGCGUACCCCUAAAUGCUCCAGGAAGUGUGAAGCUGGAUACAACAACACUUUCGAGCAGGACAAACACAGAGGUUUUUUCAAAAUCCUACGAGGACAUGAUGAGUGUGGUAUUGAAUCACAAGUUGUUGCCGGCGAGCCCAAACUCUAGAUGACGUCAUAACAAGCCCUCUUCGGAAGAUGACGUCACUACUGCGUCAUUUUGGCGGUGUAGAUUUUCUGAACAUUUGAGAUGCACA